AUGAAGAGUCGUCUUUUCUUGGCUAUGAUCGGAACCUUUGCCGUUAUGGACCUUAUGGUUAGAGGCCAGAAUCAAGAAGGUUUCAUCAGUCUGGAUUGCGGACUUCCUAUUGAGGAAUCUCCUUAUAGUGUUCCGUCAAUUGGAUUAACAUUUACAUCGGAUUCCACAUUUAUCCAGACGGGAAAAAAUGGUAGAGUCGAUAAAGAAUUCAACAAAAGAUUCCGAAAACCAUAUUUGACUCUGAGAUACUUUCCCAAAGGAAAACGUAACUGCUAUAGUCUGAGUGUCAAGCGUGGCACACGAUAUCUCAUCUUGAUUACUUUCAUAUAUGGAAAUUAUGAUGGUCUUAACGUUUAUCCAAAUUUCGAUCUUUAUCUUGGUCCUGAUAAGUGGACAACAAUAGAUAUGGAAGGAAGACAAAAUGGUACAGACGAGGAGAUCAUACACAAAGCUAGAUCAAACUCUUUGGAUAUUUGUCUUGUUAAAACAGGAGCAACCUCACCAAUAAUAUCAGCUAUAGAACUACGGCCACUAAAAAAUGAUACUUAUGUUACCUAUUCGGGCUCACUUAGCAACUCUUUUCGGGUCUACUGUAGCAAUUCGGAAAGGGAGAUAAGGUAA